AUGAUGAACGGAUCGUUUUGUGCAGACUUUUUGCUAUAUAUCCCCUCUCAUUCAGACUUGAGGAGGCUUCGGACAUCUGUCAUCGUUAACUGUGUCUUCAAUAUUUUCCUUAGUUAUACCGCCAUCAUGUUAAACAUUGUUACAAUGUACGCAAUGCGAAAAACGUUAACUUUGCCAACGACUUUGAAAACAUUGUUGCUAAGUCUUACUGUUUCUGACGCUGGAGUUGGUUUAUUUGUUCAGCCAUUUUACACUUUCUUUCUGAGCAAGUGGUUAAAAUUAGACGAUCCAAGUUGCGUUGCUUACCAUGUGAGGACUAUUUCAGGUUAUUUAUUAACUACCGCUUCGUUCCUUGGUGUUGUGGCUGUAAGCGUAGACAGGUUCUUAGCUGUUCAUCUUCAUCUCAGAUACCAGGAGUUUGUGACUCACAAGCGUGUUGUUAUUUUGGUGAUCUCCAUAUGGGUGUAUAGUGUAUUUGUUUCUUUCAUCAUAUUAUCGAGAUCCUCCAUUGCUCAGGUUCUUCUCAGUUCCGUUAAUUUAGCUAUUGGCUUCAUUAUUACUUGCGUGGUGUACAUCAGGAUAUAUUUAACUGUCCGACGGCAUAAGAAUCAGAUGCAGUCCGUCCAAGUACUAGAAGAAGCUCAGUCUGAUGAAAUAGCAUAUUUUUCUGCCCUCACUAAAUCCACAGUUGGUGUUUUCUACGUAUAUCUCGUUUUUUUAGGUUGCUAUAUGCCUUUUUUCAUUUGCCUGGUUCUUGUUAGAAUAUAUGGCUCGAGCAUCGCUUUAAAACACUUUUAUCUUUGGUCACAGACUCUCAUUUAUAUUAAUUCAUCUUUGAACCCUGUCAUUUACUGUUGGAAGAUGAGACACGUUAGACACGCUAUCAUGGACAUACUGCGAAAUAUGACUCGGAAAAGAAAUCAUCCAUCUCGCGUACUUUACAGUCGGUCUUCAAAUGCCGUCCGUGUUGAUAAUUGA